AUGCAGGGGCAAUUGUUUGAGGGUACUAUAAUUGUAGUGAAGCAACUCUCCUCUAAAUCAAAUCAAGGAAAUCAUGAAUUUUUGAAUGAAAUGGGCAUGAUUUCCUGCUUACAACACCCAAAUCUUGUUAAGCUUCAUGGAUGUUGUAUUGAAGUGGACCAAUUGUUACUGGUCCAAUUGAUACUUGAUUGGCCAACAAGGCUUAAGAUUUGCAUUAAGAUUGUUAGAGGUUUAGCUUUUCUACAUGAGGAAUCAAGACUCAAGAUUGUUCAUAGAGACAUUAAAGCUACUAAUGUGUUGCUUGAUGAAAACCUAAACCCUAAAAUUUCCAACUUCGGAUUGGCUAGGCUUAAUGAAGAUGAAAAAAGCCACAUUAGCACUCGAUUUGCUGGAACAAUGUAA